AUACACAUGUACGUCUACAUAUACCCCGGCUUAAACGAGGGGCCACGAUGGCCACUAGUGUUAUUAGAGUAUAUGCCAAGACAUGUCAAGCUAUGGGAUGAUGUCUCAAGCUCAGGCAACUAUCUGAAAAUCACGGAGGGCUGCGUGAUAUGUCAUGGCAUUAUAUACCUACAUAUCCACUAACCACAUGAAUACGCAGCUAGAGGCAAUAUAAAAUGAGGAAAUCAGAUCUAGUCACAGCUCUGGCUGUUAUGCUUGGCGCUGCCUUCAAUGGAGUACUUGCUUCUCCAGCCCCUAUUCCUCUGCGAGAUCAAAAUUUAUCUCCUUCUAACCAAUCAUCUUCCUCCGGUGGCCAACUUCAACAAUUGCCAAAUGUUAGAGGGAAUAAGGGAUCCGACACGGAAGCCGAAGUGAAAGGUGGUGGUGGUGGGUCUGAAGCAGGAUCCUCCGGGGGAUUGGUACAGCUCCCUGGCGCACCAGUGACUGCUGGUCAGUUAGUCGCUCUCCCCGGGCUACAACAAUCAACAGCUGCCGGUGAGACCUCCACGAGUAGUGCGACUAUCGAGUCCUCAGCAGCUGUAACUACUUUUAGUACCGCACGUAAGACGUCAAAGGUCGUCGUGGCUUCAUCUUCAUCAAGCUCCGCGGCGGUAGUCGGGAACGUCCAGAGCUUUCAAACUAUCUCUAUACCAACUGCUACGUCUUCCGCGGCUAUUGACAUCGGGGCCGUAGCAGGCUCAAGCGCGCUGGCGGUAGCUUCCAGCUCUGCUGCUAUUCAAAGCUUUCGCAUCAUCAGUGCUGGUGCGGCGGCGGCAGUUACAUCGCCGAUCUUCGCGAAUGUGUCUACUUCGGCCCUUGCGGUCAGUGUUCCCGCAGCCGUUGCCACUUCGAAGUUCGGGGGUUUCUCUAACGCCACUGCCACUACGGAUGCCACUGGAGCAGUAGCUACGAAUGCAGACCUUCCUCCCGGAUCUGAACCAACUGGGCUUGUCGCACUGCCUGCCGGUGGUGCAGUAGCCACGAAUGCAGACAUUCCUCCUGGAUCUGAACCAACCGGGCUCGUCGCACUCCCUACCGGCGGUGCAUUAACAUCUGGAAGUCUCCAGUCUCUGGGAUCCGAAGGCGCCGAAACCGCCGGGGUCCAGCAGUCGCUUUCCGGCGCCUCGGGCAGUUCGAGCGGUGCUACUGCCGCCGAAGCACGUCCUACCGAAGCGACGAGCGGAUUGCGAGAGCUCCCUAGCGUGCGAUCCACGCUGAGCUCGCUGGUGCCGAUAUCCUCUGAGGUUGCGAGCCCCGCGGAGACGGCGGCGGCGGCAGCAGCAGCUAGUGGCGCACCAACGAACAACACUUUGCCGUCGUUCACUCAAAGCGCUGCGGCGGUACCGAAGGCAGAUACGAUAACUGCGAUGCUGGUGGUGGGAGCUACGGGGAUCUUGGCUGUGCUCUUUAUGUAAGUAGCAUAGGAUGCAGUAGAUGAAUAUAUUACGGUAUUUCUCUGCAGCAUUGAGAUUUCGGUACAGAAUCAUGUGCGGGCUUACACGUGAUAUUAUUGUACUCGCGUAGAGCCUGAUGUGCCGAUUAUCAAAUCAAGUGUGUGCUUAGUUGGCUGCAGGGUGAGAGUUCGCCUUAGGUUUUAAUAGGAGGCCUGAUU